UCUUCCAUAUUCCGCAGACAAAGAAUUAUUCUCUCUCUCUCUCUCUCUCUCUCUCUCUCUCUCUCUCUCAGCUUAAUGGCAAAAAGGCUAGAUGGGAAAGUGGCAAUCAUUACUGGAGGUGCAAGCGGGAUUGGAGCAAGCGCUGUGCAUCUCUUCCAUGAAAACGGCGCCAAGGUUGUGAUCGCUGAUAUUCAAGAUAAAAUGGGCCAAGCCAUUGCCGAUGAGCUUGGAGAAAAUGCCAGCUACUUCCAUUGCGACGUGACAAAUGAAGACAACAUCUGUAAUCUUAUUGAAACCGCCGUUUCUAAAUAUGGACAUCUUGAUAUAAUGUAUAACAACGCAGGCAUCGUGGACAGCCCCUUCAUGAAUAUUCUGGAAAGUGACAAAUCAGAUCUAGAGCGUAUUGUUGGCGUUAACUUGGUCGGAGGUUUCCUAGGCGCCAAACACGCGGCGAGGGUGAUGAUCCCACGCGGCAAAGGCUGCAUACUGUUUACUACAAGCGCUGCUACAGCAAUUGCAGGGCUCUCCUCUCACGCUUACGCAGCGUCCAAAUGUGGAGUUUUGGGGCUGGCAAGGAAUUUGGCGGCUGAGCUUGGCCAACAUGGGAUAAGAGUAAAUUGUGUGUCCCCUUAUGCCGUCAUCACUGGCAUAGCGGGAGGUAUUGAUGAAGCUGAUGUGCCCCAAAUGGAAGCGGCGGUGAGUGGGGUCGGCAAUCUAAAGGGACAGAUUCUCAAGGCAGAAGGUGUUGCACGGGCGGCACUCUACCUGGCUAGUGAUGAAGCAAAUUAUGUGAGCGGACUGAACCUUUUGGUGGAUGGAGGGUAUAGUGUGGUGAAUCCAAGCAUGAUGAAGUUCAUAGGCUCAUUCAAUAUUUAAGAAAUUAGCUUCCUUGAGUAGCCGAUGCUUACUACAUGCAUAUCCGGUGAUCGACUACAACUCUAUCUACUGUACGUCUUCGUUGCUGCGAAUAAUACUUGUUUCCCCUUACGGGGGCAGCAAUUAGAGGAUAUAUUUUUCUGCGCUUUUUUUUCUAAUAUAUUAAAGGAUAUCUAAAAUAAUAUUUAUGCCAUAUAUUGGCCACCCAGAAA